CCAUUUUGUUGUGCCCUAAAUUUCAGAGUGAAGAGCUCCCAAUGACGAAUCUCUAACUUUUUCCUUAAGGUAUUUAACCCAUCAAACUCCCACAAUCACUCACGCCACCAAUGGCUUCCAAGAUUCUUGCUUCCUGUUUACGCCGAACCCUCACAAAUUCCUCUCCCCCCAUCUCGCGCUUCCGGCCUAUCUCCACCGCUGCUGCUGUCGCCGCUUCUCCGUCGGAACCCCAUGAGGAUGAAACUGGGAUUUCUAUGAAAGGUGUUAAAAUAUCUGGACGACCGCUUUAUCUUGAUAUGCAAGCUACAUCCCCUGUUGAUCCUCGGGUGUUAGACGCCAUGCUUCCUUAUUAUAUUUCGCGCUAUGGUAAUCCACACUCUCGUACGCAUCUUUAUGGUUGGGAAUCGGACCAUGCCGUUGAGACGGCUCGUUCCCAAGUUGCUGCUCUUAUCGGUGCCUCGCCUAAGGAGAUUGUUUUUACCUCUGGAGCUACUGAGUCCAAUAACAUAUCAAUCAAGGGGGUUAUGCAUUUCUAUAGAGAGAAGAAAAGGCACUUGAUUACCACUCAGACCGAGCACAAGUGCGUUCUUGAUUCUUGCAGACAUUUGCAGCAGGAAGGUUUUGAGAUUACCUAUUUACCGGUUGGGUCCGAUGGAAUUGUUGAUUUAGAAAAGCUCCGUUCUGCGAUUAGACCCGACACUGGCCUUGUUUCGGUCAUGGCGGUUAAUAACGAAAUUGGUGUCAUUCAGCCUGUAGAAGAAAUUGGGAAAAUUUGCAAAGAAUUCAAUGUUCCUUUCCAUACUGAUGCGGCUCAGGCUCUUGGGAAGAUUCCGAUUGAUGUGGAGAAGUGGAAUGUGAGCUUGAUGUCCUUGAGUGGACAUAAGAUUUAUGGACCGAAGGGUAUUGGGGCUUUGUAUAUGCGGAGGAGGCCGAGGAUUCGAGUUGAGCCCCAAAUGAAUGGAGGAGGACAAGAGAGGGGUAUAAGGAGUGGGACUGUGCCAACCCCAUUGGUCGUGGGAAUGGGCGCAGCCUGUGAGCUUGCGAUGAAGGAAAUGGAAUAUGAUGAUAAGCGAAUUACUGCACUGCAGGAACGGCUCUUAAAUGGUAUAAAUGCGAAGCUUGAGGGAGUUGUGGUGAAUGGUAGCAUGGAGAAGCGGUAUCCUGGUAAUCUGAAUUUGUCAUUUGCGUAUGUUGAAGGUGAAAGCUUGCUUAUGGGAUUGAAGGAUGUGGCUGUUUCGAGCGGAAGUGCAUGCACCAGCGCCAGUUUGGAGCCUUCAUAUGUGUUGAGGGCGUUGGGAGUGGAUGAGGACAUGGCUCACACUUCAAUCAGGUUUGGCAUUGGGAGAUUCACCACGGAGGCUGAGAUCGAUCGAGCAGUUGAGUUGACAGUCCAUCAGGUGGAAAAGUUGAGGGAAAUGAGUCCCCUUUAUGAGAUGGUAAAGGAGGGGAUAAACAUCAAGGAGAUCCAAUGGGCCCAACACUGAUUGCUUUUGUUCUCUGAUAUAAGAUGUCCAUAUGCCACUUAUGUGCUUGGAUUUGUAUGGGAUAUGUGGGUUGUUUGGCAGUAAUGACGGGCCAUCUAACUAUAUUACGUUGAACCAUAUGGAUAGUUUCCAAUUCAUCUCCAGGUUUUACUCAUCCUCGCCCGUCUAGUGAUCAGUUGCCCUCAAGAAGCCCCCUGUAUGGUCCUGAAAGUUUAAAAUAAUAAGCAACUAUGUCAGUAUUUGCCCUUUGUGCUUAAUAUGCGAUAGAUUCCCCCUCCCCCCUCUUCCCCCGCAGCAGGAUUGUGAUUAUUAUAAACUCUGAAUCUAACAUAUGCAUUCGUCAA